GCGGAAGAAAAGCAGGAGAAGCGAAGGGGGAGAGGAGGUGGAGAAUGUGACAACUGCUGGAUGCGGACAGAGUGUGUGUGGCUGGCUACACUGCCUUUAGGGAGGCCUCGGCUCUUGCACCUGUCCCUCUCCGUCUCCGCGGCCAGGCGCAGUUUGGGCGAGAGCGACGCUCCUUUUUAUUUAUCAGGCAGGGCGCACAGCGGCGGAGGCGCACACACACGAGACUGUACGCACAUACACAGGGCAGGCAGGCAACAUGACUUCAUCCUACAAUCUGGAUUUUCUGCCCGAUAUGAUGGUGGAGAGCCGCCUGCUUGUUCCCGGAGACAGAAUUAACGGCACGGCCGGGAAGAUGAACGGGGCGCUGGAGCAUUCGGACCAGCCGGACCCGGACGCCAUCAAGAUGUUUGUGGGCCAGAUCCCGCGCUCCUGGUCAGAGAAGGAGCUGAAGGAGCUGUUUGAGCCGUACGGAGCCGUCUACCAGAUCAACAUACUCCGAGACCGCAGCCAGAACCCUCCACAGAGCAAAGGCUGCUGUUUUGUCACGUUUUACACAAGGAAAGCUGCCCUUGAAGCCCAGAAUGCACUGCACAACAUAAAGACCUUAACAGGGAUGCACCACCCUAUUCAAAUGAAACCUGCAGACAGUGAGAAAUCUAACGCGGUGGAAGACAGGAAGUUGUUCAUCGGCAUGGUGUCGAAGAAGUGCAACGAGAAUGACAUCCGGGUCAUGUUCUCUGCCUUCGGUCAGAUCGAGGAGUGCCGAAUCCUGAGAGGGCCCGACGGACUGAGCAGAGGUGUGUGUCGCUCCGACUCACUUCCAUCCACACGAUGUGCGUUUGUCACGUUUUCCACCAGAGCUAUGGCACAGAAUGCAAUCAAAGCCAUGCACCAGUCUCAGACUAUGGAGGGCUGCUCGUCUCCCAUCGUGGUGAAGUUUGCCGACACGCAGAAGGACAAGGAGCAGCGGCGUCUGCAGCAGCAGCUGGCGCAGCAGAUGCAGCAGCUCAACAGUGCGACCACCUGGGGCAGCCUGACGGGCCUGGGUGGCCUCACCCCGCAGUAUCUGGCUGUAAGGAGAGCCGCCGCGUCGCCCACCAUCACCUCCACCCCUUACUACAGCCCCAUGGCCAACGCCGCCGCAUUGCUCCAGCAGGCCACCUCCUCCAGUAACCUGGGAGCCUUCAGCGGGAUCCAGCAGAUGGCCGGUAUGAGUGCUCUGCAGUUGCAGAACCUGGCCACUUUAGCAGCGGCGGCGGCGGCGGCCCAAAACUCAGCCAGUCCCUCCAACGCAAACCCCCUGUCCGCCAACGUCGCCUCCCUGGGAGCGUUGGGCAGCCCAGCACCGGGCACAACAGCCAGCUCCAACGCCAGCGCCAUGAACUCUCUGACCUCUCUCGGCACCCUGCAGGGCCUGGCAGGCGCGACUGUGGGCCUGAACAACAUCAAUGCACUAGCAGUUGCUCAAAUGCUCUCAGGUAUGGCGGCUCUUAACGGAGGCCUGGGUGGCGCAGGGCUGAGCAACGGGACGGCAGGCACCAUGGACGCGCUGACGCAGGCUUACUCAGGGAUCCAGCAGUACGCCGCCGCAGCGCUGCCCACCCUCUACAGCCAGUCCCUGCUGCAGCAGCAAGGGGCCGCCGGCAGCCAGAAAGAGGGUCCCGAAGGUGCCAACCUGUUCAUCUACCACCUGCCCCAGGAGUUUGGAGACCAGGACAUACUGCAGAUGUUCAUGCCUUUCGGAAAUGUGGUCUCUGCCAAAGUCUUCAUCGACAAACAGACGAACCUUAGCAAGUGCUUCGGCUUCGUCAGCUACGACAAUCCAGUGUCGGCACAGGCAGCCAUCCAGGCCAUGAACGGCUUCCAGAUCGGCAUGAAGCGGCUGAAGGUGCAGCUGAAGCGCUCCAAGAACGACAGCAAACCGUACUGAUCUUAGCUCUAGGGUCUAUCUGCUCCCCAUGUUAGCACUGCUAGGAACAACCCAUCUCCAUGCCUGUUAGCUCAUCGUUUGCCUAGCAUGUCUCCGUGGCGUCCAAAAAAAAAAAAACUUUAAACAAAAACAAAAACAAAAAAUCCCCGCCAAAAAAAAAAAAGUGUCAUCGUCCUCCUCCUCCCCCCCCCCCCCUCCUCCUCCGUCAUUGUUUUUUCUGAUGUCUUUUCCGAGCUCACCUGAUCAUAACCUGGUUCUCCUCCUCCUCCUCCUCCGCCUACUGACCUUUUGAACUUUGAACCUUUCGCUUUUUUGGACUUUUAUGAUUUUUUCGUUGUUUUCUUUGCAUGUGACCUCAUUUGGAUCUGUUUUUGUCGGGAGGGUUUCAGGGAGGGACGUGGGAGAGGGGGUGGGCGAGAAAAUGAAUCAAUGUGAAAAAGAUAUAAAGCUGCAUUCAUAUGAAAAACAAAAAAGACUGAGAUUUUUAUGGAAAAACAAGUGUGCUUUUUGGAAGAAAAAAAAACAACAACCUGUGGCAAAGUGAUUUCCAUUCAGUAUGUUUUCCUGCAUUUCUUCUUCUUCUUCUUCUUCUUUAUGUCCGUUUUUGUUUUUCCUUUUCUUCUUCGUUUAAAGUAAACUUGAAAGUUCACUACAGGAAUUGGCGCGUCAUCUUGCUUCUGGCGCCGAUGAAAAACAGUCCGCCAGAAGCAGUCGGCGCCAGUUUCUCUGAAAAAUAAGACUACUUCCAAACAGUUUUGAAUAAAAACUGUCUGAUCAAUAUUAGACUCUCAGAGCUCUCCAAUGGUUUUUACAUUUUUCAGGCAGUGUAAAGUUUUUUGAUAAGGCCAUUUUAAGUGGCUCUGUUUCUCAUUCAAAGUCUAUAUAUAGAACCACUUUUUUCUAGAGUAGUUUAAAGGUAAAAAUAAAAAAAAGACAUUUGCCCUGUUUGGGUGGGAGAAAUGCUACCUACUUGUGUCACCUUUUGCUGAACUGACUCACAGAUAGACAAUCCGUGGUUUAAAUGCACAUGAUGAAAUGACCUAUAUUUUCUACUGUUUAAAUGUAUAGAGGAAAAAAAAAUACUAAGAUACCUGUAACCUGCGUUAACGUCGGUGCUUCUCGUGAGUUUAGUUGUGGUUUCAUCACAAGUCUAACGGUCUUAAAUGUCUCAUGUUUUUCAAGAGAAGACUAAAAAAUCAGUUUACUUGAACAAUAGACAAAGCCUUUCAUAUUACUAUAAUACUUUUCUUUCUGUUUCUUCUUGUGUUAAGGAGUCCCUAUUUGCUAAAUUUCUUGUUGGUUAAUUAGCUAUAUAAAAUUCCUAAAAAUAUAUAUAAAUAUAAAUAUAUCUAUAUAUAUAUAUAAUGUCAGCUUGUGGAGCAUCAAUGUCAUUAUUAUUUUAUUUCUCUCGUGGGAAACAAUAUUUAGAUGUGUUUUGUUGUUCGGCAAAAUGUCUUAUAAAGAAAAAAAGACAAGAUCAGUGGAGUUUAGUGCCAAAUUCUGAAGGUACUUCCUGCCUAGCGCGUCAGUGUAUUUCUUGUGAAAUUAUUUGAUAACAUGGGUAUUUUAUUAUAAGUGUUUUGUAUGGAUCCCUCAUAUUUAAAAUAUAGAUUUAAAAAAGAGUUUGUUAACUUGCUAUUCUGUGGUCUUGUUGCCUGAAAAUGUCAUGUUUGCUUUUUUUCUUUGUAAAGAUGUAAAAAAAAAAGUGCCCAUGUGUCAUAUAUAUAUAUCUAUAUACACGCACACACGGACACACACACACACAUUCUCGUGCAGACCUCACAGUUUACUUUCUUGUUGUGCAUGAGAGCCCCUGAGUGUGAACGCCUCCACAGCGACCGCUACCGCCCGCCAGCGUGCACUCACACUUUAAAGCGCGCGCGCACGAGAAUCACGCACUGAUGUUUUUAGCCAUUGUACAGCCGUCUUAUUCAUCAAAGCCUUACCACAAAUCUUUGCACUGCUGUUCUCUCUCUAUUAGUAUCUCGCACACACACACACACACACACACACACACAUCAGGCUCCACUACGUAUUGUUUUGUUUUCUAGCACACUGUCCCGCCGCUCAGCCGAAAACAUCGAGGUGAGAGUCAUACGCCUUAUUUCUCCAAAUUCUCUUAUCCCUUCUGUCGGCUUCAAAGCGUUUCUGAGUCGCAGCCACGGCGAGCAUCAUUACUGUUGUGUAUCGCCUCAGACGAGCACGCUUCGCCUCCCUGAUGUAAGCACAGGGCGAGACUUGCCCGCUCACAAAACGAACCUCUGAAGACAAGAAAAAGCACACGCCGCCAUCGGACGGUCGAGAGUUUUGACUUCUUAUCCUUUGGCGUCUUUUCUAUGUGGUUGUGAGACUUCUCCAUGUGUGAGUCUUGUGGUGUAAUGGGCCAAAAUCAUGUUUAGAUGCCAAAGUGUGUUAUUGACAUUCUCAUAGUCGAGCCGUUUACAUGGCACAGUGUUGUCGGUCCACUGCCCCCACCCCCUCCCUGAAAGCCUAGUUUACGGUCUGCAAAAAAGGCAGCAUUAUUUUCUACAGAAGCUCACCAGUCGCCUUAACCAGGGAGCGUUGUACCAGUAUUAUAAAGAGUAGGACAUGUUGUCAGUCAGUGGUGUGUGCCAAGUCCAGGUUCACGUUUGUGUACAGUUAACCCUCCACGUGUCAAAGUCCGGGUUUCGCUCUUCCGCCAUUUCGUCCGAUCAGACGGAGCAGAGAGGCUGAAAUGGCGGUUGAAGGAAGAGAGAGAGAGAGGACGCCGCUCUCCCUCUGCUUGUUGUCUCCGAGGCUAACUGGGGUUAUUAGAAGCGGGGCUGUGUGGAGAGACGUAUUAUUGAAAUAGCGACAGGGGAAAUAAAGCGCUUGUUGCUUGAGAGGAAGGGUCACGUCCGCACGUCCUCGCAGGCGAAACACCAGCCGAGAUGAAGCUUUCAUUAUCCUCUCAAAGACCCAAUACCAAACUUCACGUGAUCUCAUGGAGGGAGGCGAGCAGACUUCUCCUAAAUGCAGUACACACAUGAGCAGUGCCACAAACAGCCAUAACUACCUGUAUGAAAGCUGGACAGGAAGUCCAAUCGGUGUUAACCGACCACGUUUCUGACCGGCGCGUGUGCAGGUUCCCACGUCACAACCGCGGCAGCGCAUCCUCAUGUCGUCACCUCGCUCUCGCACAAUCUCACGUAACCUUUUAUUCGUUAAGUGCGGAGGCUCACGGCGCGCUACUUUACACGGCUGUGUGUGUGGUUACUUUUUUAUUUUUAAAUGUCCCCCCCCAAAAAAACAAACUAUGUUGCCAAAUCUCAACGAGUCGCACGCAGCCUGACGCCGCACGGUCGAGCGUGAAGCAUCUCGUCUUUGUGUCAAUGUCGAAGCACAAGAGGGUCGUAGACGCAGAGUUCCCUGUGGAGCGGCUCACCUCAGGGGCCGUCAUCGCCGAUGCUCGUUGUAAUCUUUCUAUCUCGUCACUGUUCACUUCUCUGUUCUCCUUCUUUCUUAAUUAUCUUAAGUGCUAUUUAUCAAACAAUGAAAUCUGAAAGGAAAAAAAAAGUGUUGUUUCUUUGCAUUAUGGCUGAUGUCAAGUUUUUUGGGAGGAAACAAUGUUUUGUGUGUUCUCUCUUUCCGUGCCGUGAAACAAGAGCUUGUUGUCUGUAGAAAUUAUCCACUUUUUCCUUUUUUUGUUAUUGUUGCUUUUCUUUUUUGGUUUCUUUUUUUUUAAUUCUCAACAAGGUAGAUUCAAAGUUCUUGUCUUGAGAGAAGCCAAAGUCGAUGCAUUUCAGUGGAUCCUGUAAGCGUGAUGUAUGUUUGUUUGACAACACUUGGAAAUCUGUCACCGGAUGGGAUUUAAAAAGUACACAAAAUGCAGGCUUUCCUAUUUCUACAACUGAUUGUACUUAUGCAUUUUGUACCAGUGGAGUUUUUUAUACUGGAGAUUAAAGGAUACAACAAAAAAAUCUUAGAAAAAAAAGCUGUGUGGCCUGGUGGUGUGGCCCGACUCGUCCCCGAGUGUGAUUUCUAGCUGGCAUCAAGAGAGUUGGCUUUUGAUAUAAGAUUUUCUAGAAGAUCUUUGGCUUUAUUUCUUUCACUUCUUUUUCCUCACGUGAGUGUUGUUCUUUCUUUCUGCCUUCCUUUUCCGUUCUUUCUUUCUUUUUCCGAAAAACAGAGUGUAGGUGAGUGUCAGAUCUUUCAUUUUUGCUUUUUAAAUAGUUCUAGCAAGUUUGUCUAUACAACAGCGGUAAGUUUCAUUUGACUUCUGUAUUGUGCCGUCUACACGAUAAGACAAUUCUAGAAAAAGAAGGAAUAGAAAUAUUUAGUCACCUUCAGUGGAUUAAUGUAUUAGUUUAAUAAAGAGAUCAACUAAUUAGAAACUUUUUGCUUUUAGCUGUUUAGAUUUCUCCGGUUUCUCUGUCCUUCUCUGUGAACUAACUGUGUAGCUGAAGCAGUCAGAAUUAUUUUUGUAAACGUAUGUUCUUGUGUGAUGCAGUUUUUUGCUUCUGUCUCCUAUAUUAAACCAUUUUUCCUAAUA